AUUACGAUCGUGAAGCACAAAGAAUAUUGGCCAAGAAUGCCUUCAGUGAUGAAAGAAUUCGUAGAGGCUUCAUUCGAAAAGUUUACAUGAUAGUUAUGGUGAGCAAAGAAGAAACUCAAGAACCAAAUCCAAAUACCAUCGCUAUUCCUUAUGAUUGCAAUUUUAUCAUUUUUCUUAAAGUUUCAAUUAAUGUUGACAUUUGGAGCAAUGGCAUUCGUAAUGAACUAUGAACCAGCUCAAGAUUGGAUGUUGGAAAACUCAAGUUGGAUUUUUAUAGUGUCCCUUAUGAUACUUUUCAGUUCAAUGUGUGCCAUGGCUUGUUGUGUGGAUUUAAGAAGAAAAACUCCCUAUAAUUAUUUGCUUCUUGGAGUGUUUACAAUUGCCGAAGCAUUUCUAUUGAGUAUGGUGACCAUGAGAUUCCCUUCGGGUGUGAUUUUAAUGGCAAUUGGUUUGACAACAAUUGUCGUCUUUGCCCUAACAAUAUUUGCAAUUCAAACGAAAAUCGAUUUUACCACUUGUGGUGGUGUCCUUCUGAUAGCUGGAGUACUUUUUAUAAUUUUUACAAUUGUUGUUAUGUUCUUUCCCUCGCACACUUUGAUUUAUAUUCAAGCUUCGAUUGGUGUGGCAUUGUUUUCGCUUUAUUUAAUUUAUGAUACUCAAUUGAUGAUGGGCGGAGAUCGCAAGAAUUUCAUAAGUCCCGAAGAUUAUAUAUUUGCUGCACUUAGUAUUUAUUUGGAUAUUGUUAAUAUUUUUUUGUAUAUUUUAGUGCUGUUGGGCUUAAUUGAUGAUUAGGUAUCCACUA